UUUUAUCGAUUCAAUCUGUCAAAAGUGACUAAUACAAAAUAGAGUGGAAAGAACGCAAAUUAGAAGAAAUGCGUUUUCUCUAAAUUUUCCCUAUUAUUUCUAGUGAAAUAGUGUGUUAAAAUAUUCUCAAAGAAUGAAUAAGUUACUGUGCUGUACUAUUAUUCUCCUAGGAUAUCUAAGUGUCAAUGUCGAAGGUAAUUGCACGGUUCCGCUGAUUCUGCGGGGUUCGUGGUUCUCGUGGGAGGUGGGAAAACCUACGUUGACAGUUCUCGAUGCCACAAAGAUGUCCAAGAGGGGCGUUUGUGUGAAUAUGCUGAAGGAUGAGGACAACAAUUACAUGUUGAUCUUCAAGGAUGUCGAGGGAUGCUAUCACUGUGUGAAGGCUCUGCCCAGGACACUCAAUGUUUUUGAGAAAGUCGAAUCUCCCUGCGUGAAUUUGCUUCCGGACGAAGAGCCGACUGUUGAAAGGGUUUGUCAGGGCAUAAAUGCUGAACAGCAACUGAUAACGCUUUUCAAUGAGAACUACAUCCCUAUCAAUUGUCGUUCGUCCCUCGAGGGUGUCUGGCAGUUUGCUUAUCAGAAUAGAUUCCGUUUCACUGGCGAAUGUGAUCAUCAGGAUGCUCAAAUUAGAUCCUGCCAGACAGCUGGAACGCAGUUCCUCAUCACAAAUCAGAAAUUCAACAUCACGUACAAGCAGUGCAAGGGGAUGCAUGGGACGUUCAAUGGUGUCGUGGAGUACAGUUGCCUGGGAGAUUGGUUUGUGGGCAAGAAUCACUAUUUUGCCGUGGCCAAUACCAAGGAGAGUCGAAAGGAUGAAAAGUACAGAUGCUUCCUGAAGAAUCGUGACGAUGAUCUGUACAUUGGUGUGUCCAUCACAGCCGAAUGCAAUACCCUGAAAACAGUCGAGAAGUCGCCGGAGAGAAUGCGAGUGACUCCCGUGAAGGCAGAAGUUGUUCUGCCGGGAUGUCGUCUACCGCAGAAUUUCAGCGGCGAUUGGAUCAAUACGGCCAAUAUCGAUGCUGAUGUCUUCAUCAAUGAGACCCAUAUCAUCGAGACGUACUACCCGGACAAAGCCAGGUACCGCAGAACCAUCUACGUUUGCCGGGAGCAGAGAGAUACGCGCGUCAUGAUGGCCAGAUUGACGGUGGACGGUUGUCAGAAGGAUUACGUUUGCUUCGAUUUUGUGCCAAGGCAUCACAAUAUCAUCCGGUAUCGCAGAGGAUUGGCCGUGAUCAUCGAUGACUUCAGCACAGUCUGCUCCUGGGUUCAGUUCAAGAACAAAGUUGAGUGGCGCUAUGAUCUCUUCCUGGCGAAAAAUCCUGUUCCUGUUCGAUGUCCAGUUGCUGGAAAGUUCAAUUUUACCCAACGUGGAGAGCAUCCGUUUGUGACGAGGAUUCUGGGUGGUGUGACCCUGAGUCCUCGUCCGGAUAUCCAUUGUCAGCAGAAUAUCUCGGAUCUGUCCGUUUGUGAUACGGAUCAGAAGGAGAUGGCUGUAGAUGAGAAUUAUUGCCUUUCGGUGGAUCAUUUGGGUCGUCCUGUGGACAUUUACUCAGAUCCUGACUACAAGAUGAAGUGCAUUGGUUUCUGGAAGGAGAAUCUCAAAUCCUACCUCAUUACAUACGAUGAUCUCGAUCCUCUGUCCAAGUACCGAUGCUGGGUGUAUCAGAGGGCAGAUCUCAAUCGUGUGCUCAUGUCUCAGGCUGUGGGAGCAUUCUGUGACAUCAAGCAGGAUGUCACGUCGUGGAAUUACACGGAGGGAGCUGUGGUGGCAAUUGAUGCCACGGAAUAUGAGAGAGAAAGAGAUCAGUGCCCAAUGCACUUUGACGAUGGAGAAGAUCCCUGGCUUAAUUCUGAGAAUUAUGUAAAAAUCUUCGACUGGGAUUUCUACAAGAGCACUUCGUCUGCACUUCCUCUUCCUACUUUCCUCCUUGUGGCCUUAGCGGCAUAUCUCGCGCACUAAUCCUUCCACAAUUUUUACUCCCGUUUAGCGUAAGGAAUUUAUAAUAAUUGAGAAUCUCAACAAAUCCGUCCAUAUCACAUUCCGGCCAUUUUGACAGCGUUUAGAUGUGAAUUUUUUAUAUUGUACGAUCAAUAGUUAAUUGGAGAAUUUUUGUAGAUUGUAAAAAUUCGAAGAAUUUAAGAAUAAAGUCAAAUUAGUAACAAUAAAAA